UGAAGAAGAAGAGUCAUUUUGAGGGGUCCCAGUAGGAGUGCUGCCACUUGUAGUCUGUAUGAUUGACGUGACGGUAACCUCUCCCCCACCAGAAGAAGUCGUCAGCAAGGAAGUGAGCGAUGUAGAAGUUGCUGAGGUUGUAGACGACGAGGACGCGCUUGUCGUCGUUGACAGAGAGCUGGUGGAGGUCGCGGUUGCGGAAGAAGUGGUGGUAGACGUAGAAGAUGUGGAAGUAGUGGUGGACGUUGAUGUUGUAGACGUCGAUGAGGGGGAUGUCGAUGUCUGAGACGCUGACGUCGACGUGGGGGUAGGCGUGGAUGUAGCAGACGCAGCGGGUGAGGUCGCAGAGCUAGAUUAACAAGGAAAAGGCGUCAGUGGUUGAAUCUCUGGCAAGACAUAAGAUUUACGGUGGAUUUAGAAUUGAACCUGCAAUCACAGAUGAGAUAGGUGC